AUGGUUCAGGAGGGUCUGACAAGUAAUGGGUCAGGAGGGGGUCUGACAAGUAACGGUUCAAGAGGGGGUCUGACAAGUAAUGAUUCAGGAGGGGGUCUGACAAGUAAUGGUUCAGGAGGAGGUCUGACAAGUAAUGGUUCAGGAGGGGGUCUAACAAGUUACGGUUCAGGAGGGGGUCUAACAAGUAAUGGUUCAGGAUGGAGUAUGACAAGUAAUGGUUCAGGAGGAGGUCUGACAAGUAACAGUUCAGGAGGGGGUCUGACAAGUAAUAGUUCAGGAGGGGGUCUGACAAGUAAUGGUUCAGGAGGAGGUCUGACAGGUAACGGUUCAGGAGGGGGUCUGACAAGUAAUGGUUCAGAAGAGGGUCUGACAAGUAACGGUUCAGGAGGGGGUCUGACAAUGGCAAUACCAGUAAAAAUUAUAUCUAAGUUCAAGGAAUGGUUCAGGAGGAGAUCUGACAAUGGCAAUUAG